GAUAUAAACACUGCUGUUUCAUGACUGGCAAGUGUUACAAAAAACGAUGCGUUCAAUGAAUUGGGGAGGUUUUUGAAUAUGACUUAAACAUAUGAAAUGUCUGUGCUGCGUAGAGCUAAAACUUGGGAAAUAUCUGACUCUGAGGAAAGCGACGCUGAGACACAAUCUGAUUUAAACAGCGGCGACAACAGUCGCACAGCGACAGUCAGCACAGACUCAGCAGACAGUCAGAGUUGUAACAAACUCCACUUGUCACCCAUAAAACCUGAAGCCGGUCAAACUUCUGCCCUGUCUCCUCCGCGGCCAGCUGGACGAGGCACACCGAGCCCCGCAAGAAAACGGCGCACCAAGGAGGAGAUAGAGGCGGACAGGCAGGCAGCCAGGGAGAGGAGGGAGGCGAGAGACAGGCAGAGAGCAGCCAGAGCCCAGGAGAAGGAGGAGAGGAAACAGGAGCAGCAGAGGAGGAGAGAGGCUGCGGAGAACCUGAAGAGUCUCCGGCCGGAGAACUGCCUCAGGUGUCUGACUGUCUGCAUAGAUCCAGCUCUUCUACAACAGGAUGGCUCGGACGUCUUGCUGGACACCCUGACUACCUUUGAUUGGAGGUUUAGCAUCGAGAGCCAGCAGCUCCCACACAGCAUCACAUGGACCAGAGAUCCGCCUCAGCAGGGAGAAGAUGGCAAGGGCUCGGUGGUGGAGGAGGAGCAAGUGCUUCUGGUGCUGGGUCUGACAGACUUCAUGGACUUGGUGGUCUCUGUGAAGAAACAGAUGCUCGACUGCGACGACGAGGAGACAGGGGUGGAGUCUUUCGUCAGUCCAAUUUUGGAGUUCCUUAACCGGGGUGCCAGGAAAGUGGUAACGGUUUUAGUAACGGACUCUCAGCCAGAUUACAGGACCAAUGCUAGUGGCAUGCAAGUACUAGAUGAGACACUACAAUCUAAACUUGGGAUGGAGAACGUGGAAAUUGAGGAGGUUCUUGUGUACCUUCAGCUCAGUAAGAAUAUCUCGCUUGUCUUCCUGGAUGGCUGGCAGGAGGUCACGAACCAUGUGUGUGCCGUCACCAAGGCCUUAUCAAAACGCCCUUUUAAACUGCUGACGGAGCGAGCAGAGCUGCCUUUCUGCGUGGACGGUUCAUGGGCCAGCGGGGUUCGGGUAGAGCGGGACGGCUCUGGGCUGAUCCAGGUCUGGAGCAGGCAGAUCCAACAGCUGAACAGAGUCAGUCCUGCUGUGGCCUCCGCUGUGACCGCUGCCUACCCGUCUCCUCAGCUACUGUUGCAGGCGUACCAGAGUUUGGGGUCAGAGGAGGACAGAAAGGGGCUGCUGUCUGGUCUCCUGGUGAAAAGUGGAGGUAAAGAGAGACGCAUAGGACCGGAGAUAUCAGCCAGAGUUUACCGCUGCUUCACAGUCCAAAACCCACAGCUGGUCUUGGACUGAUCUGUCCCCUUGAGAACGAAAUGGAUGGACGUCAGCAAGGACGAAUUUGGUUUCUAAUGACACUUCCUCACCACUUUGCUGCUGAUGUGUUAAUGUUGAUGUUAACAAGCUAAAAAUAUGCCCUAGAUAUCAUGUUCACCCUCCAGCAAAGCAUUAUUUAAACUUAUUUGAACCUUAACCGAUUGGAGGAAUAUAUCAAGUAAAAUAAGAAAUUAAUGUGACUGAUGAUG